AUGGCGGGAGCAAACUCAAGACACCAACCCUCGCGCCGGGACAGGGGCGGCUCGAGGAGGGACCGGGACAGAGAUGACUCGAUCGACCUGAUGCCGUACGACGACGAACCUCGCGGCCGCGACAAGCGACCGGCGCCGCCCUCCCGGCGGUCGACCUACAACGACGGCGACGGGUCUGCAGAGUACUACGACGACGAGGAUCGCUACUACGCACCACGGUCCUCGGACCACAAGUCCAGGAAGCAAGGCCGGGGCGGUCGGAGGCCUCACAGCGAGCCGCGGUCCCGGUCGACGACGCGGGGCGGCAGCCAUGACGACCGCAGGGACCGGGACCACUCGGUGGACAAUAAGAAGAAGCGCAACCAGAUGAUAAAGGCCGGGCUGUCGGCUGCGGCCUUCGAGGCGUUCCGGCAGAAGAAUCGGCCGGGGGACUGGGUAGGCGAGAAGGGCGUCAGGGUCGCGACCGCGGCGAUCAGCGCCGCGGUGAUUGACGCUGGGAUCGACAAGAACCCGAACCACGGUGCUAUGGGGAAUAUACUGAAAUCGACGAUCGGUGGUCUUGUGUUUGACAAGAUUGCGAAUGGGGGGAAGGGGAAACGAUAG